UGUUCAUGGUUAGUCUUUUAAAUUGGAUCGAUUCUGCUCUUUAAUUGUUGAGUGAAAAUUUAAUUUAAAAUUUUGUCUUGAUUAAAGCGAACUAGUAAUCCAAGGCUUAUUUGAUCAUUCAUCUCAAUCAAAUCAACUUCAAUUAUCAACGCCAUUGAUAAAUUGUUAGUCUAUGUAACCAACAGAAUUAACUAGACCCUCUAAUUGUUGGAACCUAAAUCUCAUUGACAACAAACAAUUUAUUUGGAGGGAGAGAGUUGAAAGUGAGAUUGAAGAUGGAGAAUCAAAUUGUUGCUUCCAAUUGUAUUUUCCUAAUUCGCUGCUUAUUAUUUGUCUCCGUUUAAUUUGUGAUACAGCGAAAAUUAAAUUAUGGCGAAUACAAGUGAAAGUAAAAGAUCAACUAAUCAACCAGCAAUUAAAUCAAUUCAUCGUCCGAGUAUAAGUCAAGAGAGGGUCGAACACAUUUCCGACCUAAUUGGGUCUUGGGGUCCGCUCCAAAAGCGCCUUUUUCUGCUCCUCUCGAUUAUUUAUUGCGCUUCUCCGUAUAACAAUGCGAGUCUUUUUUUCUAUGCGAUUAAAAGUGACAUUAUUUGCGUCGAAUCUGAUGGAUCAGAGAUCAAUAUUGCUGCUGACAAAUGCUCAUUCGCUCAAUUAACUAAGUGUUCAUCUUGGCACCACAACAUUACGAGGACAACGGUCGCUAAAGAGUGGAAUCUUGUUUGUGAACGUUACUGGCUUCGAUCUGUGGUUCUUUCGGCUUAUCAAUUUGGUUACUUGGUCUCUGGAUUGUUGGUCGGUUAUAUUUCCGACAGAUUCGGCCGUAAAUUGGCCAUUUUGUUCUGUAUUCUAUUGGAAGUCGUUUGUUCCCUCGGUUUGAUCCUUUCGCCCAAUGUUUACUCUUUCAUCGUUAUCCGUGUUUUCCAUGGCAUUGGAGGUUAUGGUCGCUUCCUCGCUUCACUCAUUCUUCUUUUGGAAAGUGUUGGUCCAAGGUUAAGAGGUCGAGUCUCUGUCAGCUACGAAUGGGUUUGGUAUAUUGGUGAAUAUGUCAUGAUGAUUGUCACUUAUAAUGUGAUGAAGUUUAAAUACAUUUACAUGGGAACUAUGAUCUUCCAGCUGUUAAGCAUCGGCAUUGUAACGGUGAUUCCUGAAUCAGCUCGAUGGCAGUUUGUCGCUGGUCACAUUGAUAAAGCGGAGCAAACUUUACGUUUCUAUUCAAAGAAGGCUAAAGUUGAAGAUCCGGAAGAAAAUUUUGAAAACGAUGAGCGAUUUAAUCGUAAAUUGGACAAACUGAGAGAUUAUCUUGUAGUCGAAAAGACAACGACAAAAACAAUGGGACUAUUUGAUCUUCUUCGUUCACCUCAUACCUCAAAAUUUUGCUUCGCUCUUUACAUUAUCUGGUUUCUUCGCGCUUUCAUCGGUUGGGGAUUAGUCUACAGUACUCUUGAUCUUUCGGGUAAUGUUUUCGUCAACAAUGCGAUCAUAUUAACGGCAAGUGUCGCAGCGAACGCCUUCAUGACCUGGAAGAUCGACUCAUUCAAACGAAAGUCCAUGUUAAUCACCAUGUUCUUGGCAACUUCAGUUCUUCUCUGUGCUUCCAUCGCCGUCGUCGAAUCUCACAAAUAUAUUAUUCCUCGAAUGAUUCUAAUCGCCUCGGGUAAAUUUUUCUCCUCUGGUAUCUACAUUUUACUCUAUGUUUACACAUCAGAACUUUUUCCAACCAACAUUCGGCAUUUCGGUGUGGGAACCUGUUCUCUGGCCUCACGAAUCGCCUCCAUUUCAGCUCCAUUUUUAGCUCAAUUGACUGCAGUUACAAGUCUUAAAUUAACUUUUGGCCUGUUUGCGCUAAUGGGAGUGGUCGGCGCUUCGGCUGCGUCAUUUUUACCAGAGACGAAAGACAAAGAGAUUCCCGAUACGAUUGAAGGAAUGAUAGAAAUGCAUUCGAUUGAUAAUCAAUCAUAACAUCGACAACAAUUAAAACCAAUAAUAAUCAUUGGAAUCAUCGUAAAUCAAAUGAUUGAGGAAAAUGAAAGUUUUCCAAUUAUCGUUAACAGAACAGAUCAAGACGAUGGUCAAUUAAUUAAACAUUUUCUUUGACAAUUAAGAUUAAUUUCCAUUGGUAGCUAAUUAAUAAGCACCUUAAUUAAUCCCUUUCGUUUCCUCAAUAGGUAGAUUAAUGAUAAUUUGAAAUAUCUAAUUGAUUUUGAUUGACCUUUCAAUCAUUUUAGGUCAAUUGAUGAUUAUUUAAUUGUUUUACUAAAUUAAAUCAGAUUAAAAUCGAGACUGAUUCACUAAUUACAUGUUAUUAAUUGAUCAACGAUAUUUAAUCCGGUUGAUGUUAAAUUGAUUAAUACAUUAUAAGACAAUUGAACGAUUUUGCUUUUAAUUGUGAUAAUUAUGAUCCAAUUAUCAGUACAAUUAUUAAUUAACUUCCGUAAUUAAAUCGUCCGAUCUUGAAAUGAUAUAAAUUGUGUUAU